UUGCGGUAGGAGGGCCAUGGAGGGAGUGUGACGUUUCCCUGACUGGCUGCAAGUCCGCCCGACUCCUCGUUUGUUGUUAUUUCUCAUCUUUUGCUCUCCGACGCGGAGGCGCUUGCUCUCACGCGCGGCCAUGAUGUGAGGUUCAUCCGCCGCUGCUGACCGAGCCUCGCUGCCUGUUCAGUCCUGCCGGAGCGGCGCGAGCAGCCGCGGGAUUACGGCGCCUCAUGCGCAGCAAAAGACUUGUCUCUCGCUGUCAAACUGAAAGUUAACUAUGCACCAGGACCGGUGAAGGCGUUGCACGCGCGUUUCUUGACUUUUCGCCCGUUUGUGUGGAAUAAUCGCUGCCCAGCAACACGAGCCACCUGACGACUCUGAAUGUCGUGAUAAAGGUCAAUUGGUGAACCAGCAAUGGAGACCAAAAGAUGCCAAAGUUACUUCGAUGGUAGUGAGACAGAAAACCGAUGGAGUCAGGCUUCUACCACCAUGGAUUUCUGCAGCUCAACAGAAGAACCGUGCUUGAAUAGUAGUGACAUCCUCAUGGACAUUGUCAAUGUCAGCUGCCCAGCUGGAAGCCAAGUCAUCGACGGCAAGGACAGCAACGUGAAGAAGAUGGAUCGUCAGACGCUGCGGCUGAACCAACAUCAGAACCAGCAGUUCAUUCUCUCGCAUGUCACUAACUCCUGCCAUGGCCACAAGCAGGAAAUGGACUCCAAGGAGCUUUCCAAAACUGUGGCUGAGUCCAUGGGGUUGUACAUGAACGCCGCUAGAGAGGCGGAUUACGCCUUCGGUCAGCAAGCUGGGGGAAACAGUCCGGGAAAGAUGUAUCCAGUACCUGCUCGGACCAUUGAGGAGAGUCAGUGUGGUUCCACCAACAGUCCCAAGUUGUCUUUUAACACUCCAAGGGACUCGACUCCUGGCAACCCGGUUAGCUCAGCUUCGAUGCUAGUUUCCUGCAGCCCCCAGAAUUCCAUUUCCAGCCCCGGCGGUAGCAACAAUAUCGUAUCAUCCACCACUAGCCCCUCGUGUUUCGGACCGCUGUGCGGCUCUGUUGGUAGUCCCAUCAACCACAAUGCUUGUGCGCCUUCACUGGCGACUGUCAAGUGCAGGAGUUCUGAUACAUGUAGCCCCGUUGAGUCAAGCACCGUGGGCUCGCCACCUCUCACCAGCCCUCCUAAUAUCAUGAGGUCGCCCAUGUCCAGUCCGCAGAGCAUGGGCGGUGUUAGGUCGCCACCGUCCUGCAACACUACCUGCAACAUGAUGUCAUCUGUCUCCAGCCCCACUGGUGGCAGCUGCAACACAAUGAGGCCAUCGAUCGCCAGCCCGUCUACAGGGGGUAACGUAGCUGGGGGCAGCCCGCAAAACCCCUCCUCUUGUGGGUUCCCGGUGUCCAGCCCGGCUAGCGCUCUUGGGCUGGUGCAGAAUGACACUAAGAGCCCGGAAGCAACAGGUUUGACCAGGGAAACCAACUUCAAGAACUUUGAAUUCCCCAAAGUGGAGAUGGUGGAUGGGGAGGUGUUCAACGUGGGCUUGGACCAGAUGGGCAUGGUCAAGUACAUUAAGAAUGAGCCCGGAACAGAUUUUCAGAGCAUGUGUCUCGGCAGCUCCAAAUGUAAAACAAGUGGCACUCCUUUCAUCGCGCAGAUUAAGUGUGAGCCAGACAAAAAUGAGGGAUGUAUGAACCAAUCUCACAGCGAGCAAGCGCUUGGUCUUUAUCCUCAAUCGGAGACCACCUAUUUAUCACUGAGGAAUAACAUCGAUGAAUACAGUCUUUCUGGCAUCUUGGGGCCCCCUGUGCCCCCUAUCAACGGGAACUAUGAGCCUGAUGUGUUUGCCAACAACGUCUUGUCUAAAGGGGUUAAGCAGGAGUCCAGUGAUGGCAGCUAUUACCAAGAAAAUAACGGCAUGCCCACGUCGGCCAUUGUUGGAGUUAAUUCUGGUGGACACUCGUUCCAUUACCAGAUUGGAGCUCAAGGAACAAUGUCUUUCACGCGGCACGACGUGAGGGACCAGUCCAAGCCGUUGCUGAAUCUAAUUUCGCCUGUUACAGCGCUAAUGGAGUCAUGGAAAUCUCGACCGGGCAUGACGCAGGGGUCACUGUCGGCUCGAGGUGAGGGAUAUCCGGGUCAGGCCUGCAUCACAGACAGCAUGUCGAGCUCACCUCUGAGACAGCCAACCUCGACCGCUAAAGUCUGCCUGGUUUGUGGGGACGAGGCCUCGGGGUGUCACUACGGUGUCGUCACGUGUGGGAGCUGCAAGGUUUUCUUCAAGAGAGCUGUGGAAGGUCAGCACAAUUACCUGUGUGCGGGCAGGAACGACUGCAUCAUCGACAAGAUCCGAAGGAAAAACUGUCCGGCGUGCCGAGUGCAGAAGUGUCGCCAGGCUGGAAUGAACCUCGGUGCACGGAAAUCGAAGAAAUUAGGGGGGAAGUUGAAGGACGUGAGCAAGGACCUGCAGGGGUGUCGCGAUGGUCAAUCGACGGUGGGCGGCGGCGGAGGAACAUACCUCACGUCUGACAGGGAGCUGAACGCCAGCGCCACCAACGCCCUGGUGUCACACGGUCCUGGAGUCGCACCUUUUCUGUCACCGUCCAUCUGCAGCGUGUUGGAGCUGAUCGAGCCAGAAGAAGUGUUCUCCGGCUACGACAACACACAGCCCGACACCACAGACCACCUACUGUCCAGCCUCAACCGCCUGGCUGGCAAGCAGAUGGUACGCAUGGUGAAGUGGGCCAAAGUACUUCCAGGUUUCCGAGGUCUGCCCAUCGAGGACCAAAUCACCCUGAUCCAGUACUCGUGGAUGUGUCUGUCCUCCUUCUGCCUCAGCUGGCGAUCCUACAAACACACCAAUGGACAGAUGCUCUACUUCGCCCCGGACCUCAUCUUUAACGAGGACCGAAUGCGUCAGUCGGCCAUGUACGACUUGUGCUUGGGCAUGAGGCAGAUGAGCCAGGAGUUCGUCCGACUGCAGCUGACCUACGAGGAGUUCCUCUCCAUGAAGGUCCUGCUGCUCCUCAGCACAAUUCCUAAAGAGGGUCUGAAGAACCAGGCGGCCUUCGAGGAGAUGAGGGUGAACUACAUCAAGGAGCUGCGGCGCUCGGUGGGAAGAGCCACCAACAACUCGGGCCAAACCUGGCAGCGCUUCUUCCAGCUAACAAAGCUACUGGACGCCAUGCACGAUCUGGUGGCGAACCUACUGGAUUUCUGCUUCUACACGUUCCGAGAGUCUCAGGCGCUGAAGGUGGACUUCCCCGAAAUGUUGGUAGAGAUCAUCAGCGACCAGAUACCAAAGGUGGAGUCUGGACUCACUCACACCAUCUACUUUCACAAGAAGUGACCCCACGACCGGCUGCCGUAGAACUCAGCUGAAAAACAUGUGCAACUUCGGCCACAGGAGGGCGCCGGAACGCUGGCGUCGGGAGCCGAGACCUAAAGACCAGUGAAGGAUUUGGAACUGUCCGCGAGGGUCGGGCGCGGCGUGACUCACGGACACGUUUGUGGCGAAUCUGACUAAGCAUUUUGAAGUAACCCCUGUUCACCUUCACCUUUCACCUCUACGACCCCAAAGACAGUGUUUUCUAUGGAGAUGAAGCCAUACAUGUUCUAGCCCAGUCUGACUCACUCACUCACACACACAAUACUCACGUGUUGUCCACAUGCCUUCAAGCAGCUGUACUCCACAUGCACACAGCAGAUUCAAAUAUUAACUCUGGCUUAUGCAGACACAAACAAAAGCACUACGACAGUAAACAACAAAACGCUGACUUUUAGAUUUGCUUUGCAACACAACUUGAUGAGAAACAGAGUCAUAAGGGCUAAACUAGCGUCAUCGUGAUACGAAUAUUCAUCAGGUUCUUCAUCCACAAAGUGUAGGAAAAAUCUAAUGCAGAAGUCCAAAGCUAAAGACGCGAGCGUGAGAAGCUAUCGCGUCAUCAUUUAGGGGCGGAGCCAAUCCAGCGCUGCGCGGAACACUAACCUACUGACAGCUAGCACUGCUGUUCUUCUUAAAGGUCCGAUAUUUUGCUUGGCAAAACAAAACACGUCCACAACCCUCCAUGUUUGGGUUGGAGAGGGCGGAGCCUGGGCUGGACGGUCGACUGGGUGUAGUCCGGAGGAACCUCGCAGUCUGAGCCGAGCCAACCAGACGGAGACCUGAAUGAGCGGAACCUUGCUCUUCUUGUAGCUUCUUAGCUUGACCCUUGGUUCACUCCCGACUUCAGCCGACUCGUCCAGCAACAUCCGAUGAGGGAUGUGACAUUUUUUUUUUCUCAGAGUGCUACACCCACUUGACCCAGAGGUCGCCGGGGGGGGGUCACGUCGCCCUGGAGUUUGCCGAACCAGGCAGAAUACGGGACCUUUAACCACGUCACACUAGGGUGCUUCUUUUCUAGGCAAAAACACUUCUGUAUACAGAGCAUUUUUGUACGAAUCCACACGUCACAUACUCUUGUUGUUAUCAGAAAAGAAAACAAAAAAAUCGGAGCGCUAAUCUGCUUAGGCUAACAAGGCUAAUAUGUACAGGUAUAACCACGUCUUUCACACGUUCUGCUCAGCUGUUGUACAGAUGUUUCCGAGUAUGAAAGCUUGUUCAUUUCCUCUUUGAUUUGGGGCCAAAACGUGGACCACAAACUCAUCUCCUGGCUCUCUGAGGACUUCAGGGAACAGUUACGGACAGACUACGAUGCUACUGAAGAGAGGAAGGAAAAAAACAAAACAUCAAUUAGGUUCGAUUUGUGUUUUGACUUGAGUGUGAGGAGCGAAUGAGGCUUUUGUUUCUGUCAGCGGAAAAUGAGAUUUGCACAAAACCAAUGUGAACAGACGUGUAAACGCAGCUGGAUGAUGUCAUGAUGUGAUGCCAGAUCUAUAUGAACGACCCUGAUUCUCUUGCGUUCCUUCAUUUGAUCCCCACUUUUUAAGGAAUAAAAAGGUCCAUAGGAAGAUCGGGAAAGUAUUUUUGAGAGAAUUAUAUUUUGCUGGAAAACUAUUUAAGUACAACAAAAAAAUCUAUCCUUUUUGUAAUGAGACGUUGAUGCAUGCUUUUUUUGGAUGGGAUGUUUACAUUGUAAUUUAAGAAAAAAGGGAAACUUGUGCCUUUUUUAUCUCACCGGAUUUUUAAUUUUACAGUAUAUAUUGUAAAUAAUAUGUUGAGUCUUUACGUCGAGUGUAGUAUGAAACAUUUCUACUUUAACCAUCUCGUUGGAAUAUUUAAAAAAAAAAAAGAGAGAGAGAGAUUUCCCACUUGCCAUGUUCCAUGUUGGCAGGACCAGAUAGGGGGCGCCAGAGAGCGAGAAGUGAAUGUACGCGAGGGAGAGAUUACGACCUGAAUGUUGGAGAGCGAACAUUUCUGUGAGUAUUUGCGCCUUUUGUUUUUGCGAGCUGGUUGGUUCAGUGCGUGUGCAACAUGGUGUGUUUUGAUAUUCGUGGAAAUGAAGACAUUUUGGCACAAAGAUCCUAAACAGCGGCGAAUCGUCGAGACACUGAAAACUCAAACGCAACGAGGACUUUGCACAACACGAGUCGCUGACUAGAAAAAGGUGAAGAUGCAGUGGAGAGGAGACUUUUGCACUAAUUUAAACAACACGACGCUCCGUGUCGCAGUAGAUCAGCGGAGGAAACCCGUGGCGCGUUUUCCUGCCGAGAGCCGUCUGCCGUGAAACUGAAGCAGAUUGUACAUUUAAGAAAAAAAAAACAUUUACGGUUUGUGUUUUUCUGGAAGUGGCGUGUUCACCUGAGUGAACGCAGAUGCACUCAUGCUGGAUCUCCACUGGUCAAGUCCAAACUCAUAUUGACAAUUUUCUGUAGCCCGUGACGACUGGCUCGUCCAGUUCCUUCCUCAUAUCAUAUUCAUUAACUUCUGCUUCUGAGAAUCGUCUCUUAAACUGAAGUUAAAAGGAGAAGAAUUAGCGUGAAAACAAGAAAUAAUCUGUUGCCCCCGAGAACCUGUCUUUGUAAACUGAGCUUUCACCGUAUUUUUUUAAGCCCAUUUUGCCUUUCUGGUGUCAAAUCUAGUUUCUUCUCUCUUAAAAACGAAGAGCUGAAAAACCGUUGAAAGCUUUCGAGAGAAUUAAACAUCAGAUUGUCACGAAAAUAAAAUCACAAACUUGAUAUCAAUACCAUUUAAAAAAAAAUGAAAAAAAAAGAACCUGAAAAACAGACAUACGCACCUAAUUAAAUGCCAGAAACAAACAAAAAAAUCAUGUUUUCACUGGCAAUAAAAGCAAGAUAGAAAACAAAAGUUUGCGGCUCUGUUCAUGUUCAGAGCUUCAGGAGACUCAGAAACAGCAGUGGCAGCGUUGGCUGUCGCCUCCCAGGUUUAGUUUCAGGGGCUUUUUUAACUGAACACAUUUGAGUUCAGCUAAAGGCUGCAAGCCGCGGCUAAUGGCUAACAACAAACCAACCAACAGUCAGUGAGCUAAACACAGCUAGCACAAACUAACAUGGCGAAUAAGAAUCGUACCUACUGCAUCUGAGUAUCAGUAAGUGUCUGUAGUUGUACUGCUCACGCUCCAUCAUGGCACUAGUGAAAAACUGAAAAAAAUGUGGAGAUGACUCUGAUAAUCUUUUUUUUUUUUUUUUUUCUGGACCAGCUCCAGCUCUGGCUGCGCUCUGAUCCUCCGAGCCGCAGCCUCUCAGAGAGAUUUUUUUCAAAAUUGCUUUUAAGCGGCUUGUUGUUACGGCGCCGUCAUGUCAACAAGCAGAGAGAAAGCGCCGCCUGAGCUCUCAUGAGUCGAUGUUUGUAUCCGACGCAGACCGACCUGCGGCGCGAGGCCGUGCGUCACGCAGACGCCUGGACUCCACUUGUUUGUUCGCUCAAACCGUUCGGACACAAAAAAGUCUUCGACUGUAACUGUCACAGAUGAGGUUCGAAGCUGUUCAGACGACAGGCUCUCGGCAGGAAGGCAGAGCCGCGGUGGAGAUGAACAAGGUAUUUCUUUAACGCUCAUUCAUCACCUCCGAUGUCCAGUGGUUUAAUAAUCCCUCUCACUCUUAUCUCAGAAGCCGCCCGCUUCCACAUUAGCUCCCACCGUCACUGUACGUGCGUCACGUCGUCGUCUUCAGUCGAGGGUUCGGGUACAGAGAGACUAAGCCAUAUCUCCACCGACGUUUUAACAACACACACACACACACACACACACACACACGUGUUUUUCUUUUUUUGUUCCCGAUGCUUUGUACAGCGUUUCUCAGCUUCUACCCAGCAAACGUGCAGUAGACUCCCUUCAACACAAGCCACAGAUUUUGGAACAACUGCUGUUAUGUCGUGAUGCAGAUUAUUGCCAUACCUGUGUCGCAGAACUCGCAAGAUUCUAAUAAAACUGUCAAACUAACAACGCUAUUUGGUGUCGGUUUUGAUU